UGAAUCCUUUAACCUUACUGGUCAAAACCAUUUAUAUUAGCCCCACCCAUAGAUAACAUUCAGUUUUAAGAGUUGGUCAGAGCUGUUUUAUAGAUUUAAGUCUCGGAAAGCCAACAGAGCAAACACGAUGGCAAAUGAGGCCAAACCGUGUGCAUGUAAUAUUGGGGAUCGGAUGGAGUAUGGAGGUCUGGGUCAAGAGGUUCAGAUAGAGCACAUUAAUGCUUAUGUAGUGAAGCCUACAGCCCCAUCUAAUAAGGCAAUCAUUGUUAUACAAGACAUAUUUGGAUGGAAACUUCCCAACACCAGAUACAUCGCUGAUAUGAUUGCCUCCAAUGGAUACAUUGCUGUGUGUCCUGACUUCUUUCUUGGAAAAGAGCCAUGGAGUGAAUCGCAUGAUUGGUCCAAAUUCGAUGCAUGGCUUGAGGACAAAAAACCAACUAACAUUAAAAAAGAAAUGGAUGAAACUAUCAAGUUCCUAAAAGAAAAGUUUGGAGUCAAAGAUAUUGGAGUAGUGGGAUUUUGCUGGGGAGGCGUUGCCACACAUUAUGCAUCUCUGUAUUAUCCUGAACUCAAAGCUGGAGUCGCGCUCUAUGGAGUCAUACGUGCAAUGGACGAUAAGUUUGACCUGAAAAGUCCCACGUUGUUCAUCUUUGGGGAUAAAGAUGAGUUUAUUCCACUUGAACAGGUGAAAGACCUUGAAGCCAAACUACAGGAGAAAUGCAAAGUGGACUAUCAGGUUAAAAUCUUUCCUGGACAGACCCACGGCUUUGUUCACCGUAAGAGAGAAGACAUAAAUCCAGAAGAUGCACCCCAGAUUCAAGAGGCCAGGAGAGACAUGCUGAACUGGCUUAAUAAAUAUAUGUAACUUGAAUGUAUUGAACAGCAGAUCUAAAUUAAUCUAUAAAUACAUUUUGUACUGAACAAUGAUUAAGUCCUGAGUAACAAAUAAAAACUAUGGCAACACAAGA